AGAGAGGGAGAAGGGAGGGAAGAACUUCAGGGAAAACAACCGCCCAGCUACCAAACGCUAUUUUUAAGAACUGGCUUGAGCUUGACAGACUGAGCUGAAUUUUAAACACUGUAGUUCAAACCAAAAGCAAACAGCAAAAAAAAAAAAAAAGGAUAAUGAGGUGAUAUUUAAUGAUCCAUCCUUUAAUUUCUCAUGAUGUUUCUCUUGUUCCUGUUUGUGAUCCUCAUCAACUGCAAUUAUUUGGUGAACUACUGAGUCAUGAGCGUCCUGAUUGUACUUACUCUACUUGUGCUGUGUGCGGCCAAAGUGCAUUUUGGUCAGGACAGUCCAGCAUGUCCUCGGAAAGAAUCCUAUCCUGGUGUGCUGACCUUGAACGUGGGGUCAGAGGUCAUCCUGGGAUGCAGGGGCGAUGUCACUGUGGAUAGCGUCCCAUUAGUAAUGAGUACGAAACGCAAAGAGAGACUCAGGAGAAGAGGAGAUGUAACUAGCCAUUGGAAAUCUCAAAAAGCCAGAGAGAGUCCUGGUACUACUGGAAUACACAAUCUACAAACUGAGAACUUUGCCACCAAUGGAAAACACAAACUUCAAACUGCAACUGGAGUAUAUGCUAAAGUUAGUGAAUCUGUAACCACUGCUAACAUGGCUAUGAGCUCAGCAAAGGUGCAAAUGGGAAGUGGGCAAGGUUUGCAGGCUGUUAAUCAGUCCACUAAACCCAACAGUGUGGGCAGAGUUACAGAAGAAGGAGGGGCUUUUAGCAUAACCCUGGAAAUGGGUUUGAGCACUGAGAGGAGUACCAGCACAGAAUAUGAAGAGGAUGAGGACUAUGACGAGAAGGUGGAGGGAUUGAGAGUGACCAGGUCCAUUAAGAGGCAGGCACGGUGGACCCGGAAUGGUCAGCUCAUGCGAGAGCGUGUGGAAAUUGGUGGGGCUUUGAGACUUCCUGCGCUUCGGUUGACUGACUCAGGGAACUACAGCUGCUAUAGGAGAGGCAAACUAGUUUCAUCGGUUAAAAUCAGUGUUGGCAUCCCUCCAGAGAGACCUACCCUGUCAUGCUACAAGAAAUCCCACAUCAGCAAAAUCCGGUGUGAGUGGAUAUCUAGACAGCCCAUCAUCCCACAGCCUCAGUGUUACAUGUUCCUCAGGAAAGGAUUGGAGAAGAUCUCCCAUGUGAAUUGUUCAUACUCUGAUGCAUGCUCCUGCUGUCAGUGUGCGUUACCCAGUAUGGAAAAUGACAGAAAUGUAUAUACAGUUCAACUAUGUGUGACCAACACAGCAGGCAAUUCCACAAGUUCUACAUACAACUACAUUCCUCAAAACAUCAUUAAGCCAGAUCCUCCAGUUGAAGUUAAAGUGAAGCCAGUCAAGGGUGAGCCUCACAUGUUGAAUGUCUCUUGGUCGUCACCUACCACCUGGAUGUGGGACUUGUUCUACACCCUUCGCUUCCAGCUUAGAUAUCGUCCUCUACAUUCCAAACAGUAUCAGCAGGUGGUCUUGGAGAGUAGAGACUGGUUGAUUUUGGAUGCUCUGCCACACACUGACCACGAGAUUCAGAUCCGAGCAAAAGACGAGUAUGAAGGGCACUGGAGCGACUGGACUAGUCCUGUGCAUGCACACACAUGGACAUCUCCUGAAAUCACUGUUGCCCCUGACGUUAAUACCAGUCUGGAGUCAGAUUGGAUAUUUCCUGAAGGGUCUGGAAGGCCAGAAGUUGAAGUGGAGAUUAGACCUGCUGCUGACGGUGAUGGUGUAAUGUGGGUGAAUGUGAUGUGCGUAGUGGGAGUCUGUCUCCUUUUCACCUUCAUUAUAAUCUCUGUCUACUCUCUCAGAAACAGAAUGGCAUUCAUUUCUAAAAAGAGCAAGGAGAGUGUCUCUUCAGCCUGCUCUUGUUCCUCUCCUUCUCCUCUCCUUCAGCAGCCCCUGAUGACUCAGAGAAGCAAUCUUCAGGAAGGGGAAGGCAUCUACUUGCAUAAUGUGGAAUACUUUUUAUCUCCCUGUGGGCCUGCUGGGUCUUAAGCAAACAAGCUGUACUGUUCCAAGGCCUCAGUAUUCUGUGAAAGCGCAUGCACACACACACACACACACACACACACACACACACACACACACACAUAUACACACACACACACACACAUAUACACACACACACACACACACACACACACACACACACACACACACACACACACAACUAUCCUUGUGUGUGUUAUUAAAUGUCCAUUGGCAUAGUUCAUUAUUAUUAACACACACUUUCAAUCAUCUCUCUCUCUCUCUCUCUCUCUCUCUCUCUCUCUCUCUCUCUCUCUCUCUCUCUCUCUCUCGUCUUUUGUACAGUACAUCUAGUCUUUUCAGCUUAAUAAAGUGUCUUGUUUUUGUGACUGACAUAGAAGUAAAUUACUGUAUUGGGUGUUUAUUUUCAUAUAUUGGGAUAUGACUACAUUUUCAGCCUUCAUCUAAACAGCGUAAAGCUAUGGGUUCUCCUAAAGGCUUUGUGUAAAUUCAGAUAAAAUGUUGUUUAAUGUGCAAAAUAACCUGAAACUGUGAAUCAGUGGUAUUGACCUAAACUUCAUCCACUUCCUGAACUACUGCUGCAACCCCCAAGUGGUUCUCAAAAUCUUAGACACUCUGUGAAACUGCUGUUUUUGCUAAUUCUGUUUUUAGAUUGAAGAAAUGUCUUGUUUUGUUCUGUUUUGUUUUUACAAUUACGUACACACAUUUUUUUCAAUACUAUGUUCACUUUUUCAAAGCUCAUACAGUUGGCACAGUACUCUUUACCAUCAUGCAGCUCAGCACAGCAGUUAACUUCAUCCAAAAUGCACUAAGACUACUGAAACACUUCAUACACACGUAAAAACAAACUCAUGCCCCCGGAACACUAGCAAAGCUUCUCUCUCAACAAGAACCCUUUAUCACUCAUAACACAAUGUCCUGAAAAACACUAACAUCAGGUAACACUGCCAGAUUUAUCAUUCUGUCUUUUUAAAUACUUAAACCAACAUUCGAGUACAAAACAGGAACAUGGUACCUCUUUACUGUACAGAAUGUACUGGAGUAUACAUUACAGGAAUUAAUAAAAAUGCUACAAUAUA